AGCAAACCUGGCAACCUGGCAGCUUGUACGGAGACCGAUUGGCAAUCUGGCAAUGCGGAAAUAGAUCUGGCACCCCCGAGCUCGGACUGAGGAGAGAGGCGUGACAGAGCGAGUAAAGAGGAGCGGGGUUUGCAUUUACAAAGAUAAAAUAUCCAACUAUUUCUUUCCGGUUAGCUUUUUUUGUUUCUUAAUUAAAGUGCUCAGGUGCGCUCUUCUGCACCAGCUGGGAUUUUUCCAGCGUUUGUUUUUCAACCUGACAAGUCUGAGAAGAAGGAAAGAAGAAGUGCGCGUUUCAUCGUUUGGAUUCCGGACUUCUUUACUGACUUUUCCUUUUCUGCGUCAAGCAUGGAUGUUUUGGCGAAUUACAGUAUUUUCCAGGAACUCCAACUCGUUCAUGACACUGGUUAUUUCUCUGCGAUGCCUUCCCUGGAGGAGAACUGGCAGCAGACAUGUCUAGAGUUGGAGCGAUAUCUACAGACGGAGCCCAAGCGGCUCUCGGAGAUCUUCGACGAGGAGCUGGACUGUCUCUUAAUGCCGAACUUCAUGCAGGGUGGGGACAGCGAUGAGGAGCUGAUGGACCCGCUCCUCCCCAGCCUCCCAGACCAGCCCAGCCCGCCCCCUCUCCUGUUAACCCUUCCCAAGGUCCAGGCCAAAAUCCUCCACGUGGCCAGCAAGACCCAAGGCGAGGCAGGAACUGAAACCCUCUCACCGAAGGACCAAGUCCUGGCAGGAGUCAGUGCCGCACAGCUCAGCGCCGCGGUGACCUCCCUAACACCGCCUUCGUCACCAGAGCUCGGUCGCCACCUCGUCAAACCCACACAAACACUGACUGCGACGGCAGACGGCACACUAACGCUCAAAUUUGUGGCAAAGAAGGUAGGGUUAGGAGCAGCUAAACUGGUGGCAGCACGAGCGUUACCAUCGCCGCCGAGCCGAGGAGGAGCCCUCAGCGACGGAGAGCAGGGAGGUGGAGGAAGUCUGGGAGGAGACAUACCAGAGAACAAGAAGAGAGUCCACCGGUGCCAGUUUAAUGGCUGCAGGAAGGUUUACACCAAGAGCUCCCAUCUGAAGGCACAUCAGAGGACUCACACAGGUGAGAAGCCCUAUAAGUGCUCAUGGGAGGGCUGUGAAUGGCGCUUUGCCCGCAGUGACGAGUUGACACGACACUACCGCAAACACACCGGAGCGAAGCCAUUCAAGUGCAACCACUGCGACAGGUGUUUCUCUCGGUCGGACCACCUGGCUCUGCACAUGAAGAGGCACAUCUGAGGGCAGAAGAAAAAGGAGUGGGAGAGGGGAAGAAGCACGAGGAGGAAGAGAUAGGAGGAGAGAGGGAUGGGCAGUGGAGCUACCAACCGCCCGCCUCAUUCACCCCCUCCAUAAACCAGUCCGAAACAACGACGCCUGCAGGGCAUCCAUCUGAGGGGGCCGUAAAGAUCAAACGGACUGAAGGCCCUCUCAUUGGAGACGGGGAUAGGAGGAAUACGAGGAGUAGCUAGAUUGUUGUUUUUCUUUAAAAUUACACACUCGCACACUUGCAAUAGUGAACACGCAACACACUCGUCUUUGAAUGCAUCAUCCCGGUAAAUCCCAGUUGCUCUCAUGUGGCUCUGGGGGCUUGGACAAUGCCAAACCAACAUAAACUUAACUUGCUUAUUUAAACAUUACUCCGCAUUUUUUCUUUUUCUGUAGUCAGCGUGUUCAAACCAUAAAGUCACUUUAGGUGAGGAGAUAGUUCAGUGGGGAAACUUAAAAUAUCCAUGUAGUCAGUUCUUCGUGUUUUACCGGCUUUUAAAAUCAUAUACUCAACUUUCUUGUUUGUUUUGUGUUUCUCAUACACGAAACAUAAGAAACCAUCAUCUGCCGCAGUCAGCUUCAGUAAUCUAUGUGAAGAAAACAACAACAAACAACAAAUCUGCAGGAGAGAGACUGUACUUCCAGCAUAGCUGACAAUCGAACCCAGGGCUUGUCUGGGUGUUUUGGUGCACCCUUGGGACCUGGGUCAGCGGGUGCUGCCACAGCUCUCAGGCUCUCCUCCAGUGGGUGUUUGCUUCUCUCACCUUCACUGAGACGCCUGCCGCCUCCGCAGGCCAUCUGACAGAAAUGCGCAGCGACACUUUCUUCCCUUUUUUUCUACUUAGAGGAUGAUAAUUCUUCUUAUUGUUGUUAUUACAAACAAUGACACUUUGUUCUUUUCUCUCUUGGAGAAAAUGUCUUAAAACUCACUGAAUUGCUUUUGAGAAAAAAACUGAAAAACUAAGAAGACUUCAACAGAAUGUGUGGGAUGAGAAGGGGAGGGUUGUUGGUCUUUUAAUCCCCGUGUGCACCGGCUCUGCUUCUGCCAACUGUGAGCAACCAGUGGAUGAACAAAAAAAAUACAAUCACACCUACUCUCGGAAAAGGGAUUUGUAUUUUUUGGACUAAAAUAAAUGCAGAGAGCAGAGAGGUCUUCAUUUUGUAUGCCUCUCUUUCUGCCUGCGAUUCACUCCAGCUGAAAUACAAAACCCUUGCAUUACGCUUUGUGGUCUUGCACUCUACCGGAGUGAGGCGGAGAACUAGCUAAAAACUUGGAACCCGUUUUUCUUAUUUCUUCGCUUUUUGUUCAUUCUGAAAAUCAUCCUGGAGCGCUUUCACAGACUCUGAGAUUUCAUCUCUCCGGCGGCACUGCAGGGCAUGAACGAAGGAUGAGGAGCUGCAUUUCAGUAACUCACGUGGGACUUAAGAUACAAACCACCCUUUGUGUGGUGGUGCCGAAUAGAGACGGUCACCUCAGCCCGGUCAAAUUUGCCUGUUUUCGUAUCCAUUGACUGCACUGAAUUUUUUUCUAUGUUAUCUGUGCUUUUUUUCUACAGCUAAAAAAGGAACACAAAGAAAAAAAACUCAUAAAAAGACUUGAAAAAAUACGACACAAAAAACUAUUCUGUCUCGCACUACACAUUGUAUACAGAACAACCACACAUACUCCUUCAACACACACACACUCACAAACACACACACACACACGCACUGCAGACGUACACUGCAAUUUCUUUGCUCACGGCUCCUCUUGAGAUAAGACUAAUAAGAUUUAGGAAAAUAAUUAUUUAACUGAUGAACAGAGUUGGAAAACAAAACACUGCAUGGCAGGCUUUAUUGCUUAGACACAUACAUACACACACACACACACACACACACACACACACACACACACACACACACACACACACACACACACACACACACACACACACUUCCUGGAAUUAUAUGUUCUGCUACCAGAUCUUUUUUCACAGUAGGAAUUUAGCAACUGUUGUUUAGUAGAAGAGUAUCUUAGCUCUCGGCUGGAGGUAACAAACGACUUCAAUCGUUUGAAGUGAGAAAUCAGCUUGUUCUCAGUUCCAACAAUCACCCACAUAUCCCUUGCUACAGUUUGUGCCUCUCAUUUAAUCAGCGAUUUUACUUCAGAAACUCUGGUUUAAGUGUUGGUUGCAAUGAAGAGUGUAAACCAAAUGUUUCAAAAAUCUACAGCAGGUCUUUAAGCAAAACAGGUCAAUAAUCCUCACCAACCUCUCUGUCCUUCAUCUAUGUACAGUGAAUUAGAAUGUAUUUGCCCAAACAAAAAUAAUUACUAGAAUUAUUACAUGUGGCUCCUGGUUAAUAAAGAUUUUCAAUUAUUGAAAAAGCUGACUGGGUUGUUGGUUUGAGACAUAUGGUCCGGUUACACCAUCAAUUAUGUUGAUAAAAUUGUGCACAAAAUCCAACUCAAUGAACAAAAUCAUGACAGUUAAAUAUUUAAACAUCACCUACUGGUUCUUCAGAGCUAAAUGCAUUUAUUUGAUCUAUGACCUGAACUCAAUCAGUAAUGCUUAAAUCUCUGAUGGAAAAAAACUGAAAAUGAGAGGCAACAACUUUGAGGAGCUCACAUCCACAACGCCUGCUUCCUUUGCUUAAUGGUUGCAGAAAAAUAAACUCGCCUUGCAAUCUGGGCAUUACUGAUACCGCCAACAUCAACACCAACACUGACGCUGCUGCUCCAUCCACCCACCACCAACAUCAUGCCCUGUAGCGCAUGCAAACAUCCUCGCUGCUGCCGACUGCUGCAGCUGGGUGAGGGUGCAGGGAUCCUGAAGCUGGCGGGGGGUUUCACAUCCCAGCGUGCCCAGUCAGUGUGCCAGUUGGCCUUGCCCGACUUCAUUAGGUGAAGCAGUGAAAACACUCCCCUUAGAGGGUUUAUGGUGCAGCUUUGAACAAUCGAUACCAAAAACCUCCAGCGUGGAACUGCCCUUUAGCCACGGGCAGAGUCUCCCUGCUCAGGAGAGAUCAGCGGGAGACCGCCUCCAUAUGAGGCCUCUGUGUCCAGCGGCAGCUUUCUCUACUAACUCUCUGUUUCUGCUAAAUACAGCGCAAAGCAACCCACUAGGAGAUGAAUCCAGUGUUUCAAUUUUUAUUUCAUUUCUUUGUUCUGUUACAAAAGCUAUAUCGAUGGUUGUUUUCUUCAGCUUGGAUGAUGCAAAGUCAUGCCAAUAUGUUGAGACAUGCAAUGGGAUGUAGAAAGAGCCCUCCAAUACAGGACGUACAAUCAGAGGGAUGGGGAUCGUAGCACUUUUGUGGGGCUUUUGAUGGCAUGAAUGUGUAUAUGUGUGUAUGUGUGUGUCCCAAUUAGGCAUACUGUGAGGGGAGCAGGGAUUCAGCAGAGGGGUUGAUAACAGAUUUUUAACUGCUGAACAUGUGUGGGAGAAAUGUUGCUUGAUAUUUUCGCUGUUUGUAAAUGCUUUUAAACUAAGCAAUGGCUGACAAUUUGUUAAUUAGGUUUUGUUCAGACCCUUCAUUCGUUCAUUAAUUCAUCCAUUCAUUUAUUCAUAAGAUUCAUUCAUAGUCAGAGAGAUGUAAGCUUGCACUUCAUUUAACAACGCUCUCAAAUGAAACUCCUCUCCAUCAGAAUAGUUUAAAUUACACUUGUGACUUGUGAUGCGUUUCUCAGAAUAAAAUCAAUAAUACACAUUUUUCAUAAAAGAUAUCAAAACCAUUUCAUACUUAUGCUAUUUGCUGAGCUGCUAAAACCACAAGAGAAUAUACUUUAUAAGGAACUGAGGGGAUUAGUCAGUGUCAUAUUGACCUAAAACUCAAAUUAAAUAACGAUUCAAAUGUACCUGCUUCUUUAAAAAGAAAACAAUUAAUAAACAACAAAAGCAUUUGCUUCAAGUACACACAGUACAGUGAUAUAUUUAUUUUAGGGAUAACACAUUGAACAAGUUUGCCCCAAACUAAAUAUAUUGUUCAUAUAAAGAAUAUAUAUACCAUUUCAGAGCGUACAUUAAAAUUGUAGCACUGGCCAGCAACUAAAAUGUCCUUCUCCCCUUUAAUUAAAAUGUUUUGACAUCUAACAGAUCUCAAAGUCAGUUCGGAUACAAUUUCCCAUAUUGUUUUCUUUGUGUAGAAGCAGGUUCUUGUCACAGUGUUGCUCUGGGUCUCUCAGGGUCCUCCAGGCAAACUAGCAGCCAUCCCACAGCUCUGAUUAGCAUUAGCACUCCAGGGUCUGCCGCUCUGGUUGCAAUUCAGCUAAUGAGAUAGCUCUGGGUCACAGGGAAACUGAGUGGUCCGGAGAAAAAUAACAACAGGGACUUUGAGCCAGACCAAUUCCAGCGCUCCUUACCCAGUGGACACAUUUGAUGUGGAAUAAACAAAAGAUCCCGUUAGUAUCGAGAAAUUACAGGUGAAAUUUGUUGAAGGGGCUAAACUGUGUUACAAAAAAACAAUUAAAUCAGCCCCUUCAUUUGAUCUCAUGGAUUAUAGAUCAAAUAAAUGACAAUUUAUCUGCAAAGGCCCUAAGGAUAUUGUAUCCACUCUGUCACAAACCCCUCCUCCUUCACAGUUAAAGUGCCAUUCAUCUUCUCCUCCAUCUUCACCCCAUCUCCUCCUCUCUGUCCACAGCAGUUGUCCAUGCACUAUCAGCUGCAGGAUUGCUGAAUGCACACUUUACACACAUUUUGCCCAAAGAUUUGCAUAUUUGCAAGUUAACUGCUGUGAAUGUAGUAGACGUAGAGGAAAUAGCCGAGAGGCAGAGAAGCAGAAAAGUAGUGUAGAAAAGAAGGUGGAGGAGAGGGAUUGUUUUUCUAACAUGAUGGUCCCAUUAAAUCUUAAUUACCAGUACGCUCGAAGUCUUCAUGCUUCAUAACAUUCUCAGUCUCUUAUCUACUGUCAGCUGUUCACAAAUGUAAAAUAAUGUUCUCAUGGUCUUAUAGGCAGGAGUGCGGAAGCUUCAGUUUAAGUUAGCUUGUUAGCACACUGCAAAUAGUAAAGUCAUUAAAAAGACACAGGAGGGCUGGAGUCUUGGGAAAUGUUAAACUGUUGAGUACAUAAGCCGAUGUUACAUCAACAAUGUAGACCAUUUCCAUACAUCCAAUGGUUACAUGGUUGAAGUGUAAACCAAGAGGUACAGUAGAGUUCUUCUGAAGCUGUUUUCACACUGACAGGGAAGUCCAAAUUUGAGAAUGGUUUGCCUAAAACUAUGAAGGUUUUUUAAAUUCUUG